UCGACGCACGCGUGCUCUACAACGUGGAGUAAAAUUGUUACGCACUUUCCUACCGCAAUAUUUGCACCGCCUUCGAGACCGAAUAUAUCAUCGUAAUACAACAACCCAACGUCAUCGCAGUAGCAUUCCUCGGCCCUGGACCUCGCACCCUCGCGCUGAGUCUCCCAGCAUACCGCAUGAGAUAGCGCUCGUGCAACCGCCGACGAACUUGGAGCCAUGCUAGGCUUCCGGGUGGGAAAGCUGAAGGUGGGAAAGCGGAAACAGCAUUCGUACAACAAAAUCUCCCCCCGCGAUGUCGAAGACCUCGACUACGAGAAAUACCUCAGCAGCGACGAUGACAGUUCGAGCUCUUCUCCCACAUCCUCUCCGAAUUCGUCCCGAUCCUCGUCGGCGGCGCUCAUUCCCCCAAAGCCGAAACGCAUACGAGCUCUGUCACGGCCGUCAGUGAGCGCAUAUAGCUACAAGAACCCACGAAUGUUCACGCGAUACUUUGGGCUGGCCGUAGGAACGACAGUGCUUCUGUUCAUGUAUUUCUUGCUGCAUCAGAGCUGGGUAUCGAUAAGAAGCGCCGAGCUGGGGUUACACAACGAUCCACCACCGCCACCCGUGUGGGAGAGCUUUCCUUUCCUGAAGCGAUACCAUGGCGGGAUACGGACACUGGUCGGCAGGGACAAGAACACUCCAGAGUACCCGAAGAAGGAAGACAUCGACCCGGACAUGCCGCCACAGGAUGCAAAGGAGGUCUCGCCUAAGGGCAAGCGCAUGGAGGGUGGCAAGUUGCCCGACUCAGUGCUGUUCAACCCGUAUCCCGACUACAAAAGCCAGAAGUAUAUUGACGAGUACGGUCCGGUGGAGACAUGCUAUCUGGAUCUGGAAGGGAAGCUGCAGAUACCAUCAAUGAGGGUUUACAACGGAGUGACCGAAGGAACCCCGGAAAAUGUCAUCGGCUCAUACGACUUGCUUGGCUUACGAAAAGAUGUGUGCUUCGAACGCUUUGGAAGGCUGGGUCCGUACGGUCUCGGAUACUCGAAAAGGCGAGGUGGUACCGGCGCUGCCAUGGAAGGCGAUCGCGAAGGUAGCGAGAAGGUGUGGGAGCAGACCGCCGAGGUCGACUUCCGUGAGGUCAAAUGGGCCCAGGUGCUGGAUCGCUGCCUAGAGAAGAACAAAUAUCGUUUCAAGCCCGGUCCCGGUACUCCCGGCCACAAGCUCCAGACGAUCACCGCACGAGACGCCGACGUGAAGAAGAGCAAUAGCACAUCUGGCGAGCAACCGAAAAAGAAGCACAACAAACUCCUGCCCCGUACUGCAGUCCUCAUCAGGACCUGGUCAGACUAUGAGUAUGAUGAUGAAGACAUCAUGUACCUUCGAUCCCUCAUCUCUGAACUCACCAUCGGAUCCGGUGGCGAGUACCAAGUGCAUUUCCUGAUACACGUCAAGGAUGACAACAAGCAGAUCUGGGCCGUUGAGGAAGUAUAUCAAGAAGUCCUUAACAAAUCUUUGCCUGCAGAGUUCGCCGGAAUGGGCACGCUCUGGUCUGAACGUCAAAUGGGACUCAUAUACGGAGGUGUUCACGACUCCAUGUUCCGCGACCUGCCUGUUCACGGUGCAUACCGCUCCACGUAUAUGCCAGUUACAUACUUUGCUCACCAACACCCUGAGUUUGACUUCUUCUGGCACUGGGAGAUGGAUGUUCGCUAUACUGGCCAUUACUACCACCUGUUUAAGAAGAUCAGCGAAUGGACGGACAAACAGCCCCGAAAGGGCCUCUGGGAGCGUAAUGCACGCUUCUAUGUUCCCGCAGUUCACGAGUCCUGGGAUGACUUCUCGCAGAUGGUGCGUGUCCAAACGGAGCACGGCACAAGCAGCAAGGCGAAUGCGUGGUCUUCACUCCUUCCUCCGAACCCACACGUGCCUGAGCUCGAGUCACAGAGAAAGGAAAAGCCAGUAUGGGGACCUGAGCCACCUCUUGACUACCCCGACAUUGAAAUUGACGAAGCCGUCAAGCCGCCGCGUACUUUGAUGGAAGACAAAUACCAGUGGGGUGUGGGAGAGCCCGCAGACUUGAUUGUCCUUAAUCCGCUUUUCGACCCUGACAGCACGGGCUGGCUUCUCGCUGAAGACUUCACAGGCUACAAUACAACGCAAGGUGCCCCGCCUCGUCGUGUGGCAAUCAACACCUCAGGUCGCCUUUCGCGUCGGUUGCUGGAGACGAUGCAUCGCGAGCAGUCUAUACACCGGCACACCAUGUUUUCGGAGAUGUGGCCCGCUUCGUGUGCUCUGCACCACGGCCUGAAAGCUGUAUACGCGCCGCAUCCCGUCUACAUUGAUCGAAAGUGGCCUGUGCAGUACCUGGCUGCUAUCUUCAACAACGGUCGUAACGGAGCGAGUGGUGGGUCGAGGCUGAGUGUGUUCAGCGACGACAGGCAGCACAACUUCCUAGGAACCACGUGGUACUACCAUGCAGGACAUGCACCCAACCUAUGGAAGCGAUGGCUAGGGUAUAAAGUCGAUAACGAUGGUGGAGAGCAGGAAGAGUUAGCGGGGGAGGGCCGAAUGUGCUUGCCUGCUAUGCUUUUGCAUCCUGUGAAGCAAGUCGAUUUGGUUCAAGAGCGGCUUGAGGAGCCCGAAACGGUUGCGACGUAAGAAUACGAUGAUUCUUUCAGGCAUUUGGGCGGCGUUAUUGGGUUUAUGGCAUACGUGCGAGGCGUUGGGGAGUUUGGUUGGACUGCCUACAGUGGCUCGGUUGUCGCUUUUAUGUCCCUGUAUACCGACAUGGUUCUACGCUAGCAUGAUGUACACGUGUCUGCUCUGUAAUCAAAACGAGUGACGGGGAUUGCAUCGAGAUAUUUGCUAUACUUUCAGCUCUAUAU